AUUUAGGAGCGUUACCAUACAGACAUUCACGUGUGCUCUCGUUCGGUUCGCGUCACGCCCUCCUCGUUUCACGGACGCGCGGACGACGUCACCCCCUUCGGCUUCUCCCCCAUCGCCAGUCUCCUCUGUGUGUGUUGACUCCGCCUCACGGUGCUCGUCACUUUCAGCUCAGAUAUGAACUCCACCGCCGCUACCCAUGCUAUGCAAGUCAUUCUUCUAGUUUUCAUCGCAGCGGCUAUUGUCUCCAGUGCACCAUCCCGACAAAAACGAGCCUUCGACUCUUUCGCUGGCAGUUUUUCCGGAUUGGAUAAACGAGCAUUUGAUGCACUGGCCGGAUCAGGAUUUGAUGGGUUCAACAAGAGAGCAUUUGAUUCCUUUGCCGGACAAGGAUUCGGAGGUUUCGAUAAACGCGCAUUCGAUUCCCUGAGCGGCUCGGGAUUAACUCCAUUCAACAAGAGAGCCUUUGACGCUCUAUCCGGCAGUGGUUUCAGCGGUUUCGACAAAAGGAGUAAGCUAGUUUUGGCCGGACCCGAUGCUGUAUACAAGCUGCCUCGUGUAAGUUUAUGA